AUGCGUUCUUCCGCCUUUCUUGCCAUAGCCGCUUCUGUCGUUAUUCCUGUGUUCGUCGCUGCUUCCCCUACGCCGGCCGACGCCUUUGAGCCUAGGCCCUCCGGCCCCGAUUGGCGCAGGGAUGCUCUGGACGUCAGUGGCAUCGAGAGCAACAGCAACAACCGGCUGCACUCCCGUGUCAACGAUGCUUAUUCCGGCGGCGAUUUUUUGGAGGAGGGAGUUCGCGACGUCAUUGGCAGCACCAGCACCAGCAACAACCAGCCGCACUCCCGUGACGACGACGGGUCCUUGGGGUGCGGCUUCGAUUGCGCCGCGGAAAUCGAUGAGCAGAACUGA